GACCGCGCCUCGCGACCCGGCUACCGACUGCGCCCGGUGCAAAGGUCGCACCGCGCGACGGGUCGACGGCGACCGACUCCCAGCGGGCCAGACGGUCGCCGCACUCCCAGCAGGUCGGAGCUCGAGAGUGGAACGACCCGAGACCGGAACCAGGUCUAUACCGGGUAAAGGGGAACGAAUCGGUAGCUGAGGUGAAGAGGGCUCUUCCCCAGGCCGGAACCUCGGAUCGGCCUUGGUCGUGGAAGCCCCAGCAGUGGACCACUCGAAAUGACCGCGUUCCGGGGGAAGGAGACGAGUUACCCCGGAUAAGCGCGUCGGGAGACAGUGGAUUUCAUGGUUCGCAGUAUAGUUGGUGCAGAGGGAAGGUGCGGGAACGUGGACGGAGUCGGUCGCGUGGGUGGGAGGUAAGAUGAGGGCGUAGCGCGCCGGCUGCCCUAUCGAUGACCAUCCCCAGCAAGGAUGAUGACGAUGGACAUGGGCAUGUACGGGACCUACGGCAAGCCUGACUCGUACACGGCGUACGGAUUCGCGGGCCAGGGCGCCGCUCAGGGACACGCGCCGGUGGCGCCAUCCCCGGAGCUGGCCUCGGUGCCCUAUUAUCCUCAGUCCGCGGUGGCGCCCUACACGUCGACGGCCUCGUCCCCUGCGGCUCCCGAGAGCUUCCUGGCCUCCGGGGAGGCCGGGAACUCCGUCACCCCGCCGCAGACCUUCUACUCCCCGUCCGGAGCUAUUCUUCACGAGGACGGCACCGCCAUCAUCUCCUCGGAGAAUGGACUCAGCUACACCAACCUCGACUAUGCGAAUUACCCCUCCGCGCACCACCCGGAGGCCUCGGGGCACCAGGGGUAUCACCUGCAGCAGGGCUCCUUCAGGGAGGAACCUCCCGGCCUGCACCAGCCGGUUCAGCUCCAGGUCCAGGCCCAUGCUCACCAGGAACACCCCGACCAGCUGCACCAUCACCAGCAAUCUAGUCACCAGGCCGACUACCAGAUAGCCGGCUAUCUGCACCCGCUAUCCGAGGACCCGCUGCUCUAUGGACCCGCAACCGUCAGGCAACCCGAGUACUCCCAGCAUCCUGGGACGCAUUACAAGGAGGAGGGCUCCGAUCAGUCGCCCUAUCACGCCAUCCAGCAGGGGCCUCACGCGCUGCACCCCCAUCCCCAUGCUCGCGCCCACUCCCAUCAGCAACACGCUCAUCCGAGACAUACCCAGCAGCAUCAGGCGCAGGUGCCCACCUACAAGUGGAUGCAAGUCAAGAGGAACGUGCCCAAACCUGUUGCGCCAAAGACGAAUCCGAACGGGGGCGAGUUCGGGAGCGGGUCGAUGGGCGGCGCCGGCGUCGGCGUCGGCAUCGGGGGCUCGGUGUACGCGUCGUCUUCGACCGCGGGGGCGGUGAGCUGCCUGGCCGGAAGUCCCCUCGCGGGCGUCUCCGGAAGCUUCAACAAUACCGGACGCACGAACUUCACGAACAAGCAGCUGACCGAGCUCGAGAAGGAGUUCCACUUCAACAAGUACCUGACGCGGGCGCGGCGCAUCGAGAUCGCCUCGGCGCUCCAGCUAAACGAGACCCAGGUGAAGAUCUGGUUCCAGAACCGACGGAUGAAGCAGAAGAAGCGGAUGAAAGAGGGCCUGAUACCGGCGGAUGGAUCCGCCUCGACCGUCCCCAUCAGCGGGGCUAAGAGCAGCAGCAACUCGCCCACAGGGUCUGGUCUUGAAAUGGGAGGACUGGGGUUACCCAAUUUCGCCAGCGACAACAGCAGGGAGUCACCGCCUUCCUCGGCCAAGGAAUGACGAGACCUGGGACCUGGCUUUGUUCCCCGGGUUUACACUUUCUAGAAGGAAUCUUACCGAGAGACGUUCCAAGAAGA